UUAUAAAAUUCAUGGACAUCAUCAUUAUCAUCCAACAACAACAACAACAAUGGUGGAAAGAUUACCCAUACAACGACAACGAAAAAAAUCCAUUUUCAUACCGGUUGCAUUAUAUUCGGUAACAAAAAAAUUACCAAAAAAUUCAAAUGCAAAUUUACCAAGGAAAAUUUCAUCAUCAUCAAAUGUUUCGAUACGAAGAAAUCCAUCGAAUUAUCAGGAUAAUUUCGAUGGUCAAGAUUAUCAACAACAACAACAACAAGAUGGUGAUGAUUAUGAAAUGCGUAAAGAAAGUGCCGUUUAUGGUUAUAUUGAAAAACCAGAAGUUAUUGAAUUUAAAGGACAAUAUUAUUAUGGUGGUAGUGGUGGUGGUGGUGCUAAUAGUGGUAACGGAAACGAUGAAAAUAAUCAAAAUGAUGAUCAAAGUGGUGGUGGUGAUAAUAUUGGUGGUAGAAUUGUAUCAUCAUCCGAUCAUGAUAAUGAUAAUAUUAUUGUUGAUGAUGGUUAUCCAUCACCACCAAUGAUGGACAUUCAUCGACAUUAUGAUGAAGAUCAUCAUCCACCAUCAUCAACAUAUUUACCCUCAUCAUCAAAUGAUUAUCAUUUAAAUGAUUAUCAUCAUCAUAAUCAUGAACCAUAUCAUCAUCAUCAUGGUGGUUCAUCCGCUUAUCCAAUGAUGUCACCAAUGUAUCAUCAUCAUCAUGAUUCAUAUGAUGAUCAUUUUGAACCAUCAAUAUCAACAUUAUUAGCGGCUAAAUUGAAGAAAAUUUUAUUGGUCAAAGGUAUUACGGCAAAAGGUUUGCUGCUAGCAUCGAUACCACUAUUAUUAUCACCAUUAUUAAGUUAUAUGCUAACACCGGUUGUUAUACCGAUAACGGCUACAGUUGCUGCUGGUCGUCGUCGUCGAAGAAAACGUCAAAUUUUUCCAUCAACAACAACGAUCAGUGAUGACAACGAUAUGGAUGAUAUUGAAAUAAUUUUAAAAUUCCUACAACCAAUUUUUCAACAAAAUGAUUUAUGGCUGAAUAAAGCAGUGGCAAAUUUUUUAAACCAUGAUGGAUUUUUUCAAACAAACGAUCAUUGUUUUGAACAAUUAGCAUGCCAAAUUGUUGAUGAUUAUCAUCAAGAUCACCAUUAUCUCAAUUCACCAUCAUCAAAGACAUCGAAAUUGGAUAAAUAUCAAAAUACAAGACGUGUUGCAGCAUCGCUAAUCCUUAAACAUUUAUUACAAAAUGAAUUUGUAACGAAAAAUUUUAAAAAACGU